CCCGCCGCGAUGUUUCCAAUGUCUCUGUGUCUGUCUCGCCGCCCGGCACGCUGCACUCCUGUCUGCGCCCUCGCCCUCGCCCUCGAGCUGCGACACGCACUGCAACCCCAAGGCCCUCUGCCUCCCCGAUGAGCGCCCCAGCAGGCCAACGACCCAUCAUGCCACGACCAAGCUUCCCGCCCACGCCCGCACCAUCCACCGACAUCACGGGCAAGACGAGUGCUCUUGCAGGCCCGUUGGACACGACCCAUUUCGCCCUGCCGCCCGCUGCGAUAGGCAGCGCCCGCGGCAGCACCACCGAGCCGUCGUCCACGGCCUCGAAUGCCUCUGAUUCCUCGUACCGGCCCUUGUCGCCCGCAUCCCCUUCGGCCACCUCCAAGCCGCCGCCAGCUUCGCGCAAACGCCCCAGCUCCAGCCAGAGCGUCGUCACCAAAGAUGACUACUCGCUGCCCCCGCCGCCGACGCGCUCGCGCAAGAUCAUCCAGAUGAAGCCGAAGGAGUCGCAGGAGCAGCCCAAGACGGCCGCCUCGCCGGCUUCAGCAGCCAAGUCGGCGCCUGCUGGUGGUGCUGGUGCUGCCGGUGCUGCUGGCGGGAAGCGAAAGCAGUCUGGAAACACGACUGCGGCAGGCCGGAAAAUUGCUCGUAAGACGGCGCACAGCUUGAUCGAGCGCAGGCGGCGGUCCAAGAUGAACGAGGAGUUUGGCGUGCUCAAAGAUAUGAUCCCCGCGUGUGAGGGGCAGGAGAUGCACAAGCUCGCCAUCUUGCAGGCCAGCAUCGAAUACAUGCGCUAUCUACAACAGUGCGUCGACGACCUGAAGGCUGCCCAUCGCCCGAGGCGCGCCUCGCCUACGCCUGCGUCCCCACAACAGGAGCGAUCCCCACUUGCCGUCGCAACAGCUGCCGCAGAAGAAGACGACGACGACGACGAAGACGAAGACGAAGAAGAUGACCAGGAUGAGGAGAUGUCUGACGCCGUCUCCCCAAAGCACACUGCACAUGGCCCACGGACAGCGAACUACCAAUUUGCCAAUGCCUCGCCUGCCAUCUACCCCUCUGACCGCAGCGUGUACUCCACUACGACCUCGCCUGCACUCCGCCCAGGUGAUGUGCAGAACUACUCCGCAAACAUGUCUCCUGCCCUACAACCUUCUGAUCCGCACCACUACUCAUUGUCCUCCUCAAUACGUUCUACAGCCACAUCGCCCUUGAUUCAGGCAUCGCCAGCAUUUGGAGGGCAAACACCGUCGCAAGCGCAAUUCCAGAAUCCCUUCCCUACAGCUCCAUCAAGCAAAAACUCGCUCUCUGGCCCUGCCGGUGGCUUUGCGCUUACCUCUCCUGCAUUAGGACCACAGGCAGAUCGCGAAGACCAUGAAGCCACCGAGGCACUGUUGAUGCUGAAUACAGAUCGAAGAAGUUGGCAUGGCAGUAACGGUGGCCAAGGCGGUGGUCGCGGUAUGAGUGUGAGAGAUCUUCUGACUGGAUAGACGACUGUAGCUUUAUGUGGGACACGUUUCUGGCUAUGUUUGGCCUACAUACAUUGGGUAAGAGGAGGAAUCCAUGAAAGGCGUUGGAGGAUUUCUGCUUUGCGACUAUUUGCUCCUCGGAGGCCGUCGAUUGUUAACUAACGUGCGCUCUUUUGUUUGGAACCCGCGUACGUUGCGGUUCGAUGUAGCAGGUGCUCCACUAAUGAGUCGGAGAAGCGCACCAAAA